GAAGCCCAUCGCUUUCUGGUGGGCGAAGAAUGCAGACAGAGGCCCGGAGCCUGAGCACUAAAACACCAUCGACAUCGGACGGAGCCGAACCCCCAGCGUCGAAUUCAAGCUACCUUCUCACCCGCCGGACUCCCUCCAUUCGUAUUGAAGCAGGAAGCUUUCUGAUUUUCUGUGCCUUUGGCGAUCAAAAACACUAACAACUGUUGAGUGAAAAGCGAAACAUACUAAAGGGUGGUCUUUGAUUAAUGGCGAACUCAACUGCGCCAAAGAGCCGAUCGAGGGACCUCGACAAGCUCCUCCUCCGGCCCGGUAACCUCGUCGGCCCCAACUUCGAGCCCGGCGCCGAAUUGAGGGACGACCUGCAGCAGUAUGCUAGAGUUUUGGUGGUGGGGGCCGGAGGAUUAGGGUGUGAGCUGCUCAAGGACUUGGCUCUUUCAGGGUUUCGAAAUCUUGAUGUCAUAGACAUGGACCGCAUUGAGGUCACCAAUCUCAAUCGACAAUUUCUUUUCAGGCUUGAAGACGUUGGCAAGCCAAAGGCUGUGGUGGCAGCAAAGCGUGUCAUGGAAAGAGUUAGUGGUGUAAAUAUUGUGCCUCACUUUUGCAGGAUUGAAGACAAAGACAUUGAGUUUUAUAAUGAUUUUAAUAUUAUUGCUCUUGGUCUUGAUUCCAUUGAGGCUCGAAGCUACAUAAAUGCUGUGGCUUGUAGUUUUCUUGAGUAUGAUUCUGAUGACAACCCACGAGAGGAAACAAUCAAACCCAUGGUAGAUGGUGGAACUGAAGGUUUCAAGGGCCAUGCAAGAGUGAUUAUACCGGGGGUCACACCAUGCUUUGAAUGUACAAUCUGGCUUUUCCCUCCUCAAGUGAAGUUUCCUUUAUGCACUCUUGCAGAAACCCCAAGAACUGCAGCUCAUUGUAUUGAAUAUGCUCACUUAAUCAAAUGGGAUGAGGUUCACAGUGGGAAGGCUUUUGACCCAGAUAACCCUGAACACAUGAUGUGGGUUUAUGAUGCGGCUGUUAAGAGAGCUGAGCUUUUUGGAAUUCCAGGGGUUACCUAUUCUCUUACUCAGGGUGUUGUGAAAAACAUAAUACCAGCAAUUGCUUCUACAAAUGCAAUUAUUUCAGCAGCAUGUGCAUUGGAGACCUUGAAAAUUGUGUCAGGAUGCAGCAAAACAUUGUCAAACUAUCUUACGUAUAAUGGUGUUGAAGGUCUUCACACUGAAGUGACAGAAUUUGUGAAGGAUAAAGACUGUCUUGGAUGUGGUCCAGGCGUUCUUGUUGAUCAGCUGGAUACUUCAGUCACCUUGCAGAACUUCAUCGAUAUGCUUGAGGAGCAUCCUAAGCUACUUCUAUCAAAAGCAAGCAUCACACACCGAGGGAAGAAUCUAUACAUGCAGGCACCUCCUGUUUUGGAAGAGAUGACACGAUCAAACCUAGGUGUCCCACUUUAUGACUUAAUGGGUAAAGUUUCAAAGGACACCCUCCACGCCUCUGGCACAAUCAACAAGGACAAUAAGAAAACCUCUGGACUAAGAAAAUUGCGCGUUGUUUUCAAGGGAAUUGAUGUUGUGACAGAUAUGGACAUGGCUGGGGGUGCAUAUGAUCAAUAGUAGUUUCAAAUAAACAUCUCUCCUUCUCCAUCUCCAUCUCCCUCUCUUGAAAAUCUCCUCAGGAUACAAUAUGAUUUGCGAAGAGGGUGGUUGAAUACCGUUAUAGCUCGUGUAAGGGUAAAAAUUUUCCAUGGAUGGUUCCUUAAAAAUGAACUUUUGAAGAUGUGAAAUUGUUAUCAAGGUGUAGAACUGAUAUUUCAGUCAACUUUCUAAAGGCAAAGAUAUUUCAAUU